CCUUGGACACAGUACACAGAAGCUCAGCAGGAAGGGAAACAAAAGGAACUUCCUGGGUUCCCAUGGCUGUGUCCAGCAACUUCAUCCCAGGACUCAGUCCUCUGAACCCUCAUUAUAUCCCAGGGUACACUGGACAUUGCCCACUACUUCGGUUCAGCAUGGGUCAGACCUACGGGCAGCUGACUGGUCAGCUACUUCGAGGCCCCCCUGGCCUAGCCUGGCCCCCUACCCAGCGCACACUUCUGCCUCCCAUUCGUCCUCCAAGAUCUCCUGAGCUUCCCAGGAACAGCCUCCCUCCCAGGCAUGGGCAUGAAAGGCUCAGCUCCAGCAUGAUCCCUGGGUACACAGGUUUUGUACCCCAGGCACAGUUCAUCUUUGCUAAGAACUGCAACCAGGUCUGGGCUGAGGCUCUGAAUGGUUUUACUCAGUGGCAUGGUGGGCAGGGGAGUAAAAAACUGUCAAAGGAGGCCAAGAGGGAAAAAGACAAGGAGAAAGACCAAGAGCCAAUGUCAGAGUUAGAGCUGGAGGCAGAGAAGAAGCCAGAGCUGAAGCGGGAGAAACAACAAGCCUCCCCCUACUCCAUGGAUGAUACAGACCCUCAGAAGUUCUUCAUGUCAGGCUUCACUGGCUAUGUGCCCCGCGCCCGCUUCCUCUUUGGCUCCAGCUUUCCAGCGCUCACCAACCAGGCACUGCAGGAAUUUGGGCAGAAGAACUCACUGGGCAGGGCCCAGAAGGAUUCUAAAACUCUGCCCCCGCUUCCCAGGACCUACCUUCAGAACCUAGGUCUUCUACCUCACUAUGGGGGCUAUGUGCCAGGGUAUAAGUUCCAGUUUGGCCAUACGUUUGGGCAUCUCACUCAUGAUGCUCUGGGCCUCAGCACCACCCAAAAGCAGCUCCUGGCUUAGGUACCUGGAUCUCAAGUUCUCCCUUCCUUUCUUUCUAUCCCGGCCAUAUUUUUGGAAGAAAAGAGUUGGCGGGCAGGGGAGGGGGAGUGGGAGCACAAAGGAAAUGGUUUGGAGGCUGAGCACCUUUUUUAUUAAU